AUGGAGAGGAGAGGUCCAACUCCAGGCUCUGGCUCAUAUGGCAAGGCUUGCAGACAAUGUUCCAAAGCCAAGUGUCGGUGCGUAGCUCGACCCGAUGGUGCCGGCUGCGAAAGAUGCCUGCGUCUCAAGAAACAAUGCCAGCCAUCAGAAUCAACUCGUAGGAAACCUCAUCGGAAUACCGAGUCUGGCGCGCAGAUCGCGAAGCUUGAGGGGAGGAUUGAUAGCCUCACAGCAAUGCUUCAGUCUGUGGCGCAUGCUACUGGAGUAUCUAGGAACCUGCAGACUAGUUCAAAUGCUAGUACAAGCGACGAUAACAGCAACUUAGCUAUCACUGGCACUAAUACUGACAGACCAUUUGCACCUUCACCACCUCUGUAUGAGUUGAAUGUAGACCAGGCAGCCUGGUAUCUCAAUCGCUUUACAACGAACAUGCUACCAUGCUUUCCUUUCUUCUGUCUGCCACCAAGCACCACUGCGCAGCAGUUGCAUCAAGACCGGCCAUUUCUCCUCGAGGCCAUCAUCGCGGUAGCCACGCCCACAACCCAAGAGAAGCUGGCUCGCGCAGAUAGAUUGAAGUCUCGCUUAACCAAGUCAGCUAUGCUUGAGAACCAGUCUAGUAUUGACAUGUUGCUGAGCAUCCUGACCUACAUUGCCUGGAGUACGGAUCCGUUUGUUAAGCGCGCAAGUAACCUGUCUCGCAUGAUAAUGUUGGCUAUGUCUAUGGUCUAUGAUCUCCAACUGGACAAGAAACCACCACCGCCGCCAGAGGUGCCCAUAAUAGCGAAGAUGGCACCGGGCUUGGGAGGUCCUGAGCAAAGUGCAAGUGAUGAUUCUCUACAAGAGGUCCUAGAGCAGCAUCGAGCGGUCCUGGCUUGCUUUGUUCUUAGCUCGAUCAUCUCAUCCACCUUUAGACGCACAGUCCCCCUACCAUGGACCCCUCAAAUGGAACAAGCCCUAAAUCUAAUCGACACAAACAAAGAACACCCAUCCGACGAGUACUUCACGAUCCAAAUCCGGCUACAGAUCCUCGCCCAAAAAGCCCUAUCCCUCCGCGACCCAGACGAGACAAAUACCUCUACCACCUCAACCACAACACCCUCAGCAACAACCAUGUACCUCAAUAUACUACACAACCAACUAAACAACCUCCAAUCCUCAAUUCCACCACAUCUCCCCCACCGCGACCUCCUCCACCUCCAAACACACUACACCUCCCUCCUCCUCCACGAAACCCCCCACCUCACCAGCUCCAGCACCCCUCUCCUUCCCCCCUUCACAACCACAACCCCCUCCCCGCUAACAACGCUCAUCCACUCCCUCCAAGCAAUCAAAUCUUGGCUCUCAACCUUCCAAACCCUCCCGGCACCAACAAUCACCGGAUUCCCCUUCUUCAUGUGGUUCCAGCUCGUCCGAUGCAUCGUGCUCCUGAAACAUCUCUCCACGUUCGACGAUCCGGCAUGGGACCGCGACGCCGUGCGGCAGGAGGUGGAUAUGUUGGAGUUGCUGGAGUGGAUGGGGGAGAAAGCGGAGAUGGCUAGUGUUGAGGCUGGGGAGAUGUCGGAUGAUGAUUUGUUUCAAAGGGUGGGGAGGAUGUUGAGGUUGGCGAGGGAGUGGGUGGUUAGGAAGGUGAGGGGGGAGGGAGAUGGAUGGGUCCCUGGGGAUGGGAGUAGUAAUGGGGAUGGGGUGGGGUCUGGAGAUGGAGACGGUGGUAUGACGGGUAUGGAUCUGGAUAUGACGGGUAUGGAUCUGGAUAUGACGGAUAUGGCGUGGAUGCAUGCGCUGGAAUCGGGGGAUGGAGGUUGGCUUGAGGAGGUGCUGGGGUGGUCGCCGCUGAAUUUCUAG